GUGUCCAUUCGCUCGGGUCUCCGCGGUUGGCUCGACGCAGGAGAGAUGGGCAAUUGGCUCCGACACAUCAGGGUUGCCGCGGCGCCCGUCUAUGGCAAUCUGCGACACCUUCUCCUCGCGGGACAGAUAUUCUACGAGGCUAUACGAGAUAUUUCACAGACCGAGGAGUUGCUUCUGAUCCGCAAAUCUGUUAUUGAUCUCGACACGUCGGCCAUUGAUGAGCAAGUACAAGUGGGGUCGCCCGAAGAGAAGUCAGAGAACACGGGCGACGACUGCGACGACGAGGACGAGGACGAAGACAUUUCGCGACACCGGUGCUUGCAGUGCGACAAACACUUCGGGGAUUAUGACGAGCUGGACGAGCACCUGGUCACCGCCCACGGCUACUCGGCCGGCCAGUACCGCUGCGACUACUGCCCGCGCGCCUUCGCCUGGCGCCCCAACCUGAUCCAGCACAAGACGAUCCACGGCGAGUACAAGCGCUACCCUUGCGAGAACUGCCCGCGGGUGUUCACGGACGCCAUGGUCCUGCAGAAGCACAUCCGCAACCAACACGCGGGCGCGCGCUCGCACGCCUGCCCCGAGUGCGGCAAGACGUUCGCCACGAGCUCGGGCCUCAAGCAGCACACGCACAUCCACUCGUCCGUGAAGCCCUUCCAGUGCGAGGUGUGCUUCAAGGCGUACACGCAGUUCAGCAACCUGUGCCGCCACAAGCGCAUGCACGCCGACUGCCGCCUGCAGAUCAAGUGCACCAAGUGCGGCCAGGCGUUCUCCACCGUGACGUCCUUGGCCAAGCACAAGCGCUUCUGCGACACGGCGCCCUCGCUGUCGCUGCCCCCCGGCCACCCCAGCCUGCACGACAAGCUGUCCCACGGCCUCUCCAUGAACAGCAUGCCCUCGUCGCCGCCCAACCCCUUCAUGAUGUACCCGCGGCCGCCCCUGCCCCUGCUGCCGCCCUCGCUCCUCUCCGGCUACCCCAUGUUCCCCUCCCUGCCCGGCCUGGUGGGCGGCCCCCAGCACCCGCUCCUCACCUCGUCCCUCCUGCUGCCCUUCCAGAACUCCGGAUCCAACGGCGGCCGCGACACGUCCUUCUCGGUCCCGAAGGAGGAGAAGGAGCCGAGCGACUUCGGGGCGCGCAUGGACAUCUCGCCGCGCCCCGACCCGGUGGAGUCCCCGGCGCGCGAGCCGGCGGCGCUGCAGCCCCCGCCGCGCCGCUCGCCCUCACACUCGCCCAAGCAGGCGUCCGUGUUCCCCCUCGGGGAGUCGCCGCGCAGAUCAGAGUCGCACGACCUUCCCGACGAACCCAAGGAGCCGUCGCCGCCCGAGCGCCAGCGCCGCACGACGCCCGAGCCGCCCGCGAGGGAGGUCAAGCUGGAGUCGUCGCGCGCGCCCGGCGAGAGGAAGGAGCAGCCGCUCGACCUGACGCUGCGGCGCGAGAGGAGCGGCGGCGAGCGCGACGACCUGUUCCUGGGGCGGCUGGAGAGCAUGUCGCACAGCAGCGACUCGGCCGAGGAGAGACUGCGCUCGCCGGCGCCGCUCGAGGUCAAGUCGGUGGAGGAGCCGCGGCCGCGCCCCGACCACCCGUUCCUGCGCAUCAGCGAGCUCCUCAAGGACACCACCACCACCUCCGUCGCCCCCGCCCCGCCGCAGCCCCCCUCUUUUUUAGACGCGCCUAGCAAGCUGCCGCUCGCGUACCCGCGCCCGCUCCACCCUGCGGCGCUGCUCGACAUGUACCGCAACCUGGACCGCAGCCUGGACCGCAGCCCGCUGCUGCCCGGCGCCGGCCUGGGGGGCGCGCGCUACCCGAUGCUUCCGCCGUACUUCCCGCACAACAACAUGGCCAGCAUGGGCCUCGGCCUCAACCGCACCACGGGGCUGGACAUGCUCAAAGCGCACAUGUCCAACGCCGGCCGACCCUACGGAGACAUCAGCCGCCCCUACGACCUCAUGGCGACGCACAUGCCCCGCGCCAAGGACCGCUACGCAUGCAAGUUCUGCGGCAAGGUGUUCCCGCGCUCGGCCAACCUGACGCGGCACCUGCGGACACACACGGGCGAGCAGCCGUACAAGUGCAAGUACUGCGAGCGCUCGUUCAGCAUCUCGUCCAACCUGCAGCGCCACGUCCGCAACAUCCACAACAAGGAGAAGCCGUUCAAGUGCCCGCUGUGCGACCGCUGCUUCGGCCAGCAGACCAACCUCGACCGCCACCUCAAGAAGCACGAGGUCGAGGGCCCCAACCCCCCCGACUCGCCCGACGCCCCCGACUCCAGCAGCGCCGCCGUCGACACCUCCACCAACUUCUUCAGCGACGAGAUCCGGUCCUUCGUCGACAAGGUGACCGACUCGACCACGGAGGACCUGCCCGUCGACGAAGGCGUGGACGACGACGACGACGACGAGAAGGAGCCCAUCGACGUGACCGCGGACGAGGACAUGGUCGACUCCCAGUGCGCCGCCAAGAGGGUCAGAGUCGAGUGAGCGAAAGGAACGGGAGAAUAAAAGAAGGAAAAGGGUUCGGGAGAGAGAGAGAAAGGAGGAGUAGGAGGAGGAAGUAGAUUUAUAUAAAUAUAUAUAUAUUUAAAUCUUUAAAAAAAGCCAAAAAUGUCUCACAGACAAUGGGACGGACGAGUGAUUCUAAGAGACAUGCCAUGUAUAUAGAGUGAAGGAAAAGGCACGAGCACGUUAUUAUGUAAAUCACGCCCUCAGUGGCCGACUGUUGCACCCAGGACCUCGUACCUCAAAGGAAUUAAUCAAACAAACAAGGAACGUACUCUAGUAUAAAAUUCUCUUGAUUCAAAUAAGGUGAAAAAAGGAGAGAAAGAAAGAGAGAAUUUUUUUACUCGAAGAGAAAGGAAAAAAAAACAAACUCAGUUUUUUCCAGAAAUCUCAACGUGAAAUCAUUAAUGGUAAUAAUUAAUAAUUAAUAAUUAAAUGAUAAAAUCCGUGGGCUUCAUUGACCACGACGAAUCCGGUAUGAAAUAAUGUAUUCUGUAUGUACUAUUUUUAAUGGAAUUUUAGCCUAAAUGACUCGAUAUGAACUUCAAAGAUUUUAUAGAAUUUUUUUCCAUAUAUGUCCUUCCUCUGCCUCUUGUAAACUUAAAUAAUUCAUUAGGUGUGAGUUUUGUGCAAUGGAGUUAUUGUAUUACUUUUUAACUUAUGCUCUGUAGUGCUGUAGUUGUAAAUAACCCGUUGAUAAAUUAUAUUUUGUUAAUAAAAUAAUAUGAGCUGUU